AGGUAACAGUUUCACAUGUGCGACCCCAAGACAGAUCCUUAUCAAGCCAGGACUAGGAACACAACUCGACACACGAGCUCGGCCCGCAGGACUCUCUGGUCUCGACUCACAAUGAAUAUUCUUGUUAUUUGUAGUUUAUUGUUUGCUUGGGGUGAGGCCGCUUCGCUAAAUGCAGAUAAAAGAGCAAAUGGAGACGUCGGCUGCUUGUACAAUGGGGUCUUCGAGUUCCUGGGAAGCAAGUUCGGCAGUCUUGACGGCUGUAACACAUGUGUGUGCACCGUGACAGGGAUUCAGUGUACCGCCACAGCGUGUUCGGGAGCCGUAACAGCCAGACCAGUCACAGGACCCGUGUCUGUACCAGGCACAGGAGCAUGCUUACACCCAGUGACAUCUCAGCUGUACCAGAAUGGUCAAACAUACCCGUCAUCUGAUGCUUGUAACACCUGCACGUGCACCAACGGGAACAUCGUGUGCACGCACAACACGUGCACAGGACAAGGUAUGGCAGGCACGUGCGUGAACCCAGCAACAUCUCAGCUGUACCAGAAUGGUCAAACAUACCCGUCAUCUGAUGCUUGUAACACCUGCACGUGCACCAACGGGAACAUCGUGUGCACGCACAACACGUGCACAGGACAAGGCAUUGCAGGCACGUGCGUGAACCCAGCAACAUCUCAGCUGUACCAGAAUGGUCAAACAUACCCGUCAUCUGAUGCUUGUAACACCUGCACGUGCACCAACGGGAACAUCGUAUGCACGCACAACACGUGCACAGGGCUGAACAUAGGAGUCAAUCUUCAUCCCGGCGGAAACUCGCACACCGGAAGUACUUGCUAUGACAACUCGCAACACCUGUUUCACAACGACGGCGAUUCAUACACGUCACUCGAUGGCUGCAACACUUGCACGUGCAGCACGGGUAUUCUGUCGUGCACGAACAAUUUGUGCAACACGGGCGUCGUCGGUGCGUGUUAUGACAUCGGCACCAACAAGUAUUACAGUAACGGGCAGAUCGUCAGGGCGUCUGAUGGCUGCAACACGUGCACAUGCAGUAGCAAUAAAUUCACGUGCACACGUUUAGUGUGCUCGCCUAUUGGUUGAAUGUUAUCCUCACUCGAUAAAGUCGAAAUAUAUCUGUCAA